UUUAAAUCGAUAAUUAAAUAUUCCAAGAUGGCCGACCCUUCGAAGUGUUUACACCACUUACACGUGCUGCAGCGACUUCAUAAUGCUUUAAAUAUGGGAGGUUUCCCAUCGUUUGUCUUAAAGCCGUUACAGAUUAAAUGUUUUGAGCCCAUACUAAACGGAUUUGACGUCGUUGAUGUUUUACCAACUGGCUUUGGCAAAUCUCUUCUGUUUCAACUUCUGCCAAAUUUCUUGCCGACCAAAGCUGACAAAAAUAUCGUUAUUGUUGUCUGUCCUUUAAACGCAAUCAUCGAGGACCAGUUAAAGGUUGCUAAGAACAUCGGUAUUGAGGCAGAAGUUCUCCAGCUUGUUGAUCAUCGUAUGAAAGUAGCGGAAAGCUUGUUUAAAUCGGAUGAAAUGACUGCAGAAAGUGAUGAUGUAGGUGUACUUUUAAGCGACAAGAUGUUAAAUGGCGAUGUUCAACUUCUUUUUACCCACCCGGAAGCCUUAUUAAGUGAGAAAGGAAGAAAUCUAAUGAAAAGUACAGUGUUUCAAAGAAAUGUUGUCGCGUGUGUUGUAGAUGAAGCACAUUGCGUGGAAAUGUGGUGAGUGUUAUUGGUAUAUUCAUAUAAAUUUAAAGUUGUUCAUGCAUAGCACAUAGUGCAGUGGAAGAAUGUAUUGGUAUUAGUAUUAUU